CCAUGAUCGCAUGCAGUAUUUGGAAAAUAUAUUUUCUCACAAAGGAAAUCUUAUCACCAUGAUACGCUUCUACGCCGGACACGAGUGUCUGUGGAACAAACUGCAUGAUGAAUACUCUAACCUAAGCAAAAGACAUCAACUUUGGACCUGGAUAGCGAAACAGUUCGGCCCGAACGUGUCGGGAUAUGAAGUUGAAUGUGUAAUGAAGAAUUUGCGUAGAGAAGCUUUGGACGAGUUUAGACGCAUUGAAGCAUGUAAAAAGAGGGGUGGUCUCUGUGGAAAGCCGUCCUUUGACCUUUUAGAUGAAUUCCUGUUCUUGUUGCCGCAGCAAGUGAAAGUUGAGAGCACGGCUCCUGCAAAAGCUCCUGCAUAUAACAUGCAACCCAGUCGCCCAGUACUGCAACCUGAUUCCGGUGCAUUUGAAGACUCUGAAAGCCUGCAAUUCUCUGACGAAGUCAGUGACUCUGUAGACUCUGCCAAUCCCGAUGUUGAUGCUAUCACUACAUUUCUAAGCUCUGGCUCUGGUGAAGAUUCCGAUGCCGAUUUGGAUGAAUUCUGCCAUGAACUAAGGCAAGAACUGGGUCAGCUCCCUGCAGAUGCUUGCUUGAAAGCACAAAAUAAGAUACUUUUUAUCAUGCACGAGUGCCGAGUAAAGCAUAAACCUGCUCAAAAGAAACCGACUUGUAUGUUGAAGAAAUUCGUCCGUUGGAAUUUGCCCUAGACUAUAACACGUGGUGUGUACACUGUACAGGUUUGAAAAAUUCCAGUUUCAAAAUUAAUUUUGUGGAAAUAUGUUGUCAUGUCAAACUCCGGCUUUAUUGGAUUAAUCAAAAAGAAUUAUCACAGCUUGAUGAAUAUUUUCUCGACAAGUGGCUCCUCAUCCGAUUCAGACGCCGGGUCGUCGCCUCGUCGUCUGAAUGCAUUCAAUGUGACAAUCAGUCGAAGAGCCAAAUUCCAUACAUUGCUGUCGCAAAAGGAUACGGUGACGAAGCUGAUAAAUCUAUAUCGUCAGAAUGAAUGCCUCUGGAAUCCAAGCUGUCCCGAUUACAAGAGUGCCGAGUACCAGGAGAAGGUGUGGAAGGAUAUUGCCUCCGCCAUAGAUACAAAUAUGCCGGUUGUUCCAGUCAAACGAAAAGUGCAUGUUCUACGUGAUCAAUGGGAAGCAGCCGGAAGGAAGGAGUUGCCGAUGCCUAAGCUCUUUGAUUACCCAGACUUUGGUUUCCUCACCCACGCGGUGGCGGAGACAGCAGCGUCUGCUGUUGAACAGCUAACAAACAUCCAGGUGGUCGAAUUAGAUCGCAUAGAUUCUGGUAGUGAGGCAAUGCAAGCAGAUCUUACGGACUUUGCAGAAUCAUCCAACAGAAAUACCAGCAACACGGAACAAACAGUGGCCCUACUUCCAUCAGAAUAUAUAAUAUCCAAUAAGGGCCAGCAUAUUGCCAAUCUUUGCGAGGUAAUUCGAAUAGAUUUGGAGCAAAUCCAUGAUGAAUUUUUUUUUGAAGCAAAGUGGAAAAUCCUUGAUGUACUACGUGAUGCGCAGCUAAAACAGCUGCAACGGUUGCAGGAGGGUCAAAAAACCAAAUUAGAUGAUGCAGAUUCAACAACUAUAUAGAAACAAAUA